ACCUCACCCAGCUGGUGCUCGCGCUGAAGGACGCUGUCACCGACAGCCAGCAAGCCAUGGCUGUGUUUACGACAUGAGGAGCUGAAGGAGGCAGCUGGACAUUCAGAAGUGGAGGAUCUUUGGACCAAUGGACAAACCCAACUCGAUUUACUGUAAAGUACAGAAGUACAGUAUCUGGCUGUGAUGGAGGACACACUGCAGAAAGCUUCUAAUCCAGAGCCCAGCCCUGCACCCAGUCCAGUGCCACCUAGUCCAGCACCCAGUCCAAUACCCAGCCCACUGCUGGACAGAAUUGCUCUGCCUGCAGGCAACCAUGUGGAGCACCUGAACGUGAACCAGAUCCAGGUGGUGGUCCGACGCUGCUCCACUCCAAACGUAACAGAGGAGACCACCUAUUUUAUUCCUCGCAACCCUGUGGUGGAUGCCGGCACCAACACCGACCCACCAGUGGUCUGCUGCCCUUUGCUGCAUAGAUUUUGCCCGUGUCCACCAAAAGGCCUCUUUGCCUCCUUGGUUACCAAACUCCUUUUGGCAGCUGUACUCUUUGGAGUCGUUUGGUCCAUCACAGAGAAAGAAUGUCUCCCAGGAGGGAACUUGUUCGGGAUCACGAUACUUUUCAUCUGUGCACUCAUUGGUGGCAAACUGGUAGCUCUCAUCAGACUGCCCAAACUUCCACCAUUCCCACCACUCCUUGGCAUGCUGCUGAUGGGCUUCCUGCUGAGGAACAUCCCGGUCGUAACUGAUGGGGUGUACAUCAACUUCAGGUGGUCUGCUUCUCUGAGGAACAUCGCUCUGGCCAUCAUCCUGGUCAGAGCUGGUCUGGGACUAGAUCCAAAGGCUCUGAAGAAACUCAAAGCGGUGUGUGUACGUGUUGCAGCUGGGCCCUGCUUGAUGGAGGCCUGCACCGCAGCUCUGGUCUCUCACUUCCUCCUGGGCUUACCCUGGGUGUGGGGAUUCAUCCUUGGCUUUGUGCUGGGUGCUGUGUCUCCGGCGGUGGUGGUUCCCUCCAUGCUGAUGCUGCAGAAGAAUGGCUAUGGCGUGGAGCAGGGCAUCCCCACCCUGCUGAUGGCUGCUGGAAGCUUUGAUGACAUUCUUAACAUCACGGGGUUCACCACAUGCUUGGGCAUGGCCUUCUCCACAGGCUCCACCUGGUAUAACCUCCUGCGAGGCGUGAUGGAGGUGGCAGGAGGGAUGGUGGCUGGGAUUCUCCUCGGCCUCCUCAUUCAGUACUUCCCUAGCGUUGAUCAGAAACAUGUGGUGAUGAAGCGCUCCUUCUUGGUGUUGGGUCUGUCCGUCUUUGCCGUGUUCGGCAGCAGCGUCGCAGGCUUCCCAGGCUCCGGAGGCCUCUGCACCUUGGUGUUGGCGUUCCUGGCUGGUCUGGGCUGGAGAAGCGAGAAGGCGCAUGUGGAGGAAGUGGUGGGGUGGGUGUGGGACGUAUUUCAGCCGCUGCUGUUCGGCCUGAUCGGCGCUGAGAUUCGGCUGUCUGAGCUGGAGGGACACACAGUUGGUCUGGGCAUUGCCUCUCUGCUCAUUGCUCUGCUGGUUAGAGUCCUCUUCACCUUUGCGUGCGUGCUGCGAACUGGCUUCAACAUGAGGGAAAAAGUGUUCAUAGCCCUUGCCUGGAUGCCCAAAGCAACAGUGCAGGCAGCAAUAGGCUCCACAGCUUUAGACAUGGCGAGAACAAAGGGGGACCAGAACCUCCAGAAGUACGGGAUGGACGUUCUUACUGUGGCUGUGCUCGCCAUUCUUCUCACAGCCCCUGUAGGAGCGCUGAUCAUUGGGCUCUGUGGGCCUCGUCUGCUGCAGAAACCAAAGACCUCAGCCAGCGGCACUGCAGCAGAAGGUGAAGAAGACAACGAAACUCCUGUCACCUUUGAGAGCACACUCUGACCUCCGCGUCCAGUGAAACGGGACAUUUAAUGAGACGCCUCAAACCUCAAGUUAAAGCUUUUCUUUAGCCACCGAGUGGCUCUGUUGGUCUGA